AUCGUUUCCUUCGAUUUUAUUCCUCUCAGAAACCAAAUUAACACAAAACUGUGAGAUUCAGAUCAUCGAAAGCAAAUCAACGAUAAAUCGCCAUGGACGCCAUCGAUUCCGUCGUCGAUCCUCUCAGAGACUUCGCUAAGGAUAGCAUUCGCCUCGUUAAGCGUUGCCACAAACCAGAUCGCAAAGAAUUCACGAAAGUAGCUGUUCGUACCGCGAUUGGGUUCGUGGUAAUGGGAUUCGUCGGGUUCUUUGUCAAGCUCAUCUUUAUUCCGAUCAACAACAUCAUCGUCGGUGCCACUUAGAAACCAGAAGAACAAAUGGAGAGAAAAGAAAGAUUAGAUGUUUGUUUCUGUUUUUAAGAGAAGGCACCUAUGUUUUGAUGUAAUCGGAUUCCAUUUUGUUUCAAGUUUUUUUUUUUUUUUUUUGUUAUUUUGUUCACACAACUGAAAAAUCAGACUUGUCUUGAAUGUAGAGCAAAAACUAAGUUAGAUGGCUGAGUUCUUCGUUAGACCAAGUGGCUCUUCCACGUGGUCUGACUCUCUUUUGCACGCCAAGCUUGACUAUAGUCUAUAAGAACGCGGGAUUGUGGUUUUCUACGUA